GUAGUUAACCAGACAUGGCAGAAACUCAGUUACAACUCGUCGAAAUCACAGAGCUAGAAACUAACAGUAAAGAGAAUUCAAUUGAUCAACCGAGUUGUGUCGACCGGACACGAAAAACUCCGUCAAGGGACUAUAAAUGGUGGAUUCGUACGGUUCUCUAUACGGUUUUUCUCAUUUGCGGGCAAUCAUUGGCGACGCUUCUCGGUCGGCUUUAUUUCGACAAAGGUGGCACCAGCAAGUGGUUAGCAUCGUUGGCUCAAAUCGGCGGUUUCCCGGUUUUAGUACCUCUGUACUUCUUUAUCCUAUGCAGAAAUCCCACGCUGGAAUCGGAUUCGCCGCCGUUUGUGACGGCGUUCUUGAAGGUUUAUGUGCCGCUCGGGCUACUUGUUGCCGGCAGCGGUUAUCUUUUCUCGGUUGGAUUACAAUAUCUCCCUGUGUCAACAGUGACUCUGAUCACAGCAUCACAAUUGGCUUUCAAUGCUUUCUUCUCUUAUUUUCUUAAUUCGCAGAAAUUCACUGCCUCCAUCGUUAACUCUCUAGUCCUCCUCACCAUUUCUUCGGUUCUAUUAGUCGUAAACAAUCACACCGAGAAGCCUGCCGGAGUCUCGAAAGGCGAGUACGCAGCCGGGUUCAUAUGCACCGUCGGCGGAGCCGCGGUGUACGGCUUGAUGCUAGCGUCCCAGCAGCUCGCGCUCCGAAAAGUAUUAAAAAUACAAACGUUGAAAGUCGUGUUCGACGUCAUAAUAUAUCAGUCGCUGGUGGCGUCGAUGGCCACCGUGGUGGGAUUGUUUGCUAGCGGCGAAUAUAAAGGUUUGAAGAAAGAAAUGGAGGAAUAUGCACUCGGGAAAGUUUCAUACGCGAUGACUUUGCUUUGGACAGCCAUAGGAUGGCAAGUUUUCGCCAUCGGAACCGUGGGAUUAGUCUUCGAAGUGUCGUCUCUGUACAGUAUUUCCGUCCGCACCGUCGGUUUGCCGAUUGUACCGGUGCUUGCCGUCUUCGUUUUCCACGACAAAAUGGAUGGGAUCAAAGGGAUGUCGAUGGUGUUGGCCAUUUGGGGCUUCGUCUCGUAUAUUUAUCAACACAAUCUCGAUCAUCAAAAAUCGAAGAUCGAAAACCGGAUAGUCAGUGAGAUUGCUGAUGAAGAUUGGUCACCUGCAGAUAAUAGAGCUUAAUAGCCUGUUUCCAUGGCGUCCAAUUUCCAUCAACUGUAACUACGUUUA